AUCGAGGCAACCUUUAGGUCAAAGGUCACAGCCUUCACUUUGGACGUUAAAUUAGCAAACAUCUGAACCUCAUUAUGGGCAGCUACACUGACAACGCCUAUCCAGCUGGAGAUGAGAGCGACGCCAGCGAUGAUGAGUGGGAUAUCGGGUCGUGUUUGGGUAAAAAAGCCUCUCGUAAGACGGAUCUGGAUGCUGUCGUUCCACAAGCGGAGGAUAAUGUGUCGAUGCUGAAAAGAGCCAUCAGUGCAGGAAACAUAGACGCAGUUGAACAGCUGUUGGACAAUGGGAUGGAUGUGGAGACCCGGCUCGGCUAUGAAUGGACUCCUCUGAUGUGUGCUGUCAAUGUGGCUAACUAUGACCUGGCCAAACUGCUCCUGGACCGAGGGGCAAGCGCUAACUUCAGUAAAGAUAAUUGGACGGUGCUCAUGGCCAGCUGCGGAGCGUCUGCCAGUGAAGACAAACUUGCUCGCUGCGUGGAGCUUCUGCUGUCCAGAAAUGCUGAUCCCAACAUGGUAGACAGGUCUCACAUGACCUGCUUGAUGCUCGCAGGCAGAGACGGUCACAGCAAAGUCCUCAACCUGCUGGUCUCCCAUGGUGCAGAAAUCAACACCCAGGACAACAAUGGAUACACGGCUUUAGCUUUAGCAGUGCAGUACGGCAGAGAGGAGGCGGUGUUGAAGCUCCUCCAACUGGGAGCUGAUAAAACCAUAAGGACCAAAGCUGGGAAAAGCCCUGCUGACCUGGCAGUGACCUUCAAACACACACAGAUAGGCCGGAUUCUGGCCUCGUCGUCCCACAUCUCUGCCGUCCACGCCUUCAGCUCCACGGAGGAGACUCUCUCUAAGUUCUUCAAGACCAACUCUGAGCCGACACCUUCCAAGGAAAGUUUUACCAAGCUGGAUGAACUGGAGCUCUUCCUGCAUGGUCUUGAUCUUGGCUACCUCGCUGACAUCAUGACUGAAAAUGACAUCACCUGGAGCUACCUGUUGACCAUGGAGAAGGAGGACCUGGAGAAGAUUGGUAUCAAAGACCCUGCAGACCAGAAGAAGGUGCUCAGUGCCGUGCAGCAGAUGCACUUGGACAAAGUGGACCUAGACACUAUCGGCCACCUGGAAGCUGCAGACAGCGGGAGUGAGGAGCUGCACAACUUCCUGAUUAGUGUGAGGCAGCAGUGCUGCUACCUGACAGAGACUGUUCAGGACACCGUGAGCCGUUUCCCCCGCCAUGCCUCUCAGCUGGUUUUCUCUCUGGAUCCAAAGAAGGAGGCCCAGGCUGUCUGCAACCAGUUGAUAGUCCAAACCAAAGACCUGCAGAAGGAAGUCAUCUGCCUCCGCAAUCUGCUGUGCCAGACGGAGGAGACCGAAGAUUCCCAUCAUAUUCCUCGACACGGUUCCCACAGCAACUGGAGGAUGCGCUCCUUCACCGGAGUUGCACUGAGCGUGCUCGGAGCCUCCUUCCUCGUGCUCCUCUUCAAAGCUGAAGGUGGAAAGGUUCUCCUUUCCCCGUUUAGACUAAACAUUUAAUUUCUGUAACACUUAUUUUUUUCACUUUGCUGCUUGUGUUUUAGUUAAGUUCUGAAUUUUAUUUUAAUAUAUUUUAAAAGUUUGUUCCAAGUUCCUUUAGAGGGAUCAUUUCUAAAUUCUUCCUCUGUGAAAUUAAUGGUGGGAGUAAAUUCCACUUCCUCUAUUUUCAUUGUCUGCAAAACUGUAAAAUGUUAAAUCUGAUCCUAAUCUAGAUAAAGUUAUGCUCUAGAUUUGAAUCAUUGAUUUAAAAUAAAUAUAUGAUUUCAGGACUUAAA